AUUUUGCCAGACUUUGGUAUAUAAUCGGGAGCACUUGGUGCCGUGCGAGAGAAACUUCUAGUAGUCCAAUUCUAUCUGGAGAGAUUUUCAUUUCUUAAUGCCUCAGAUCACUGUUAAGAACAAUUGAAAGACAUGGUUCGAAGCAAUGAUCACAUGACAAGAUUGCACCAUCAAUGUAGUUUACAAAUUUUGCCAUUGCUCUUGUAUGCUCCCACACGCCGUAGCAUGACAUAACAGAGGACCCCUAAAUUCAUUAACCUUUCCUCUCCAAUAUAUGGACGUAGUACAUUCUUCAUGAGAUAAUUAAAAGACUGGUGCUGUUGUAUGCAAUGCGAAGACCAGGCAGAUGAUCCCAAUACGAAAGCCAAAGCUCUGCUAUUCAGUCAUUGCAUCCAGACAAAAUCAACAAGGCUCUCUGGUCUUUGCUCCAACAUCCAACAGUUGGACCAGAGCAUUAUUAACUAUCUGCCAGUGUUUGCCAACCUUUAUAGCUUUGUUGAGUACUGCUGUCAUUUUCGGUCUCUAGUAAUGUAAUGUAAUAAUUACAUUACUAAAAAAUUCCACUUAGCUGUAAACAGAUGGGUAAAAGCUGGAACAUGAGAGGUAUCUAGUGAAUUUUUUUUCUGAAAAUAAAAGGUAUCCAAAGAAACUAUGUCUAACCAGUCAAAUCAAGUAGGGCAUUCAAAUGAUAAGAAAAAACAAUCUAGAAAAUAAUCAAAAGUUGCAGUUUUCAGAUGAGGAAGGACGAAAGAGAUAAUAAAUGAGAGCUGUAAAGAGAAGGAAGGGUUGCCGUCCAUUGCCAUCCAUGGCCAUGGACUUGCAAUCCAACUCCCCUAUAUAUACGACACCUACUAACCCCAAUCUCCAUCCAUUCACUCCCUGUCCUCUCCUCUCCUCGCUUAGCUUUCUUCCUCCUUGGUAGCUCUAGUCUCCUUGCUGUGGGUAGCCAUGGCGGCCCCGAUGUUGAACCAGCUCAACACCCUCGUGGCCAACAUGUUCGCCGCGGGUUUGCUGGACGAUCAGUUCCAGGAGCUACAGAUGCUCCAGGAAGGGAGCGCUCCAGACUUCAUCGUCAAGGUUGUCACACUCUUCUGCGAGGACGGCGAGUGUAUCAUCGGCGAGAUCGCCAAGCUGCUAGACAAGCCAUGUGUGGACUAUGACAAGGUGAGCGGUUUUGUGCUUGAGCUCAAGGGAAGCAGUGCAUGUAUUGGUGCUCAGAGAGUGAAGAACAGCUGCAUUCAGUUCCAUCAGUGUUGUCAGGAGAAGAGCAGAGAUGGGUGCCUGAACUCACUGGAUUCUGUGAGGAACGAUUUCUAUGAUGUGUGCAGCAUGUUCAUGCCACAUGCUUCAGCUGAGCCAGCAGGUCCAGGCCUUAAUCCUUAACUCUAGACUUGAGCGAUAAAGCUGGAGCUGCAUGUUCUGAUGGUACAACACCUUUGAAGUCCUAGAACAUGCUCAACCUAGCUUAUAUAGCCUGGAAUAAUUUGCUUAUGUGGGGUCUGUAGCUGUCUGGUGGCAAGCUAAUCAUCUACUAGUAUCGAUGUCUUUGUUAUCAUCCGUAGUUUCGUUUGGAAUUCUGAGUGGUCAAAUAAAAAAUUCAGCUGUAGCUGUUUUGCGGAUUAUUGGUGGUUAAUAUGGUGUCUUAGUUCUAGUCGGUUUGUUGUUGGUAGAAAUGCAGCUGCAGUGUAAUCUUUACAAUAUUGU